AGGUCACCAAGGUUUUUAACUACGAACAAUCGCUUUCACGUACUUUCUCUCUCCUCAAGGAACUCACAUUUCUUCGGCCACUUCAAGUCUCAACCUUUUCGGGCGAAUUCAACACCCAUUAAGCUUCCCUCUCAAUUUCUCCGAUCAAAGAUGGAAAUUGAUGAAAUUAUUGGAGAACCAUUAUCCCGCCCUCUGAAUCUUCCCACAAAGAGUGCAAUCUAUGUAUGGGGAUAUAACCAGAGUGGGCAGACUGGUAGGAAGGGGGAAGAGCGCCAAUUGCGGAUACCAAAGCAGCUCCCUCCGGAGCUUUUUGGGUGCCCAGCUGGGUCUAAUGCCCGUUGGUUGGAUAUUUCCUGUGGCCGGGAGCAUACUGCUGCGGUCGCCUCGGAUGGCUCGCUUUUCACUUGGGGUGCUAAUGAGUUUGGUCAACUGGGAGAUGGUACUGAGGAGGGUAGGAAGCACCCAAAGAAAGUAGAUCAAUUGCAGACAGAAUUUGUGAAAUCAGUUUCUUGUGGAGCACAUUGCACAGCUGCCAUUGCAGAACCUCGUGAAAAUGAUGGAACCAUCUUAACAAGUAGACUGUGGGUUUGGGGACAGAAUCAGGGAUCCGAUUUCCCACGUUUAUUUUGGGGUGCUUUCACUCCAAACACGAUUAUCCGCCAAGUAUCCUGUGGAGCAGUUCAUGUAGUAGCUUUAUCUGAAGAAGGCCUAUUACAAUCUUGGGGUUACAAUGAAUAUGGUCAGCUUGGCAGAGGCUUUACUUGUGAAGGGCUGCAGGGGGCUCAUUUGAUAACUGCUUUUGCAAGGUUCCUUGAUGAACCUCCUGAGCUUGUGAGGAUUGCUCAAGUGUCAUGCGGGGAGUACCAUACAGCAGCUAUAACUGAAAAAGGCGAGGUCUAUACUUGGGGGCUAGGAAAUAUGGGCCAACUUGGACAUUGUUCUGUUCAAUCUGGGGACAAAGAGUUAAUACCAAGGAGAGUGGUUGCACUUGAUGGAACAUUCAUAAAGGAUGUGGCCUGUGGUGGUGUGCAUACUUGUGCUUUAACUUCAACAGGAGCUCUCUAUGCUUGGGGUGGUGGUCAAUCAGGGCAGUUGGGCCUUGGCCCCCAGACACAUAUUUUUUCAAUCAAUGCUAAUGACUCUAGUGCAUUCUUUCGUAAUAUCCCUGCUUUGGUCGUCCCAAAUGGUGUGCAACUUGUAGCAUGUGGGCACUGUCACACACUAAUUUCCAUGAGGGAUGGAAGAAUUCGUGGAUGGGGCUACAAUAGCUAUGGUCAGGCGGCUAACAAGAAAUCUACUUAUGCCUGGGAUCCAUCACCAGUUGAUUGGUGUGUUGGGGAAGUGCGAAAAGUGGCGGCUGGUGGUGGCCAUUCUGCAGUAUUGACUGAUGCAUGUUCAUUGAAAGAGUUAUGCGAGUUCAAGCUGGCAAACAGUAUAACCCCAUUAAAUGCUUCUGAGAUUGAGGAUAUUGCAGUCAGGGCAGGUUCUGAUUCUUUAGCACGCCUUUGUGAAAGAUUGAGGGAGCAGUUCAUCAACAGCGGUGGUGAACAUGAUGAUGAAGAUGACAUCAUGAGUGGGAAGAAUUGACUGUUACAACCUGAAGAUGAAGAUGUCAGGUCUACAUUUCCAGUCAUCACCUUCAUUAUCAAUCUGUUAAGAUUAAUAUCAUGAACUAUAUUAUUCACAUGAAAACAUACUGUAGAUUUAUAUUGUUAUCAUGAAUUCCACUUUGAUAGCCUAGAGGACAUAUUUGGUUAGGACAGUCAUCAAAACAAGCCACGUUGCUUGUGAUGAAAAACUCGAAUUUAAUUAAUGACAAUUCAAAAU